AUGGCCACACGGAAAAGCAGAAGAAAAAGUGUACAGAAUAGCGAUCCUGGCAAGAUAUUGGAUUUAGUGAUGAGUCUUUCUGAAGACAAUUGUGCACCAUUAAUAGUAAAACAAAAUAAUUACCUGAAAGAGGAGUGCAAUGCCGAAUUCGUUAUACAGAUCAUAGUCAACACUGAACGAAUGGAAGCGUACAUAGAGGCAAUAGGAUCGACAUUGCUGCAGAGAAAAUAUAACAUCCAAAUGCCGUUAAAAUUAAUUGAAACACUCAAAUCGUCUGGAGAUCAAACUGAUUUAUUGAACAAUUUUGAAACAGACUUCCAGACAAUAUUGGCUCCGUACUUCCCCAAAGACAGUUCUAAGAAGCAUCUUGUUCUCUAUCCGGUGAUUGACAAGCCCUUCUCAGUUAUUGUCUGCGUGGUAGCCCCAAAAACGUCUGAGGACGCAGUGCCGGUCAUCAUUCGUGAAUGCUUCUUAUUCACUUGGCCGACGUUGAAGAAGGCCAUUUCUUUAGAGCACGAAUGCUCGUUGAAACAGAAGUGCCAGCAGUUGUUGAAGGUUGCCAAAAGACUAUUUACCCAAGUGGCAUCAUUGGAGACGUUGCUAAAAAUUGCCAUGGAACAAGCCAAGCAGUUGACCAAAGCGGAAUACUGCUCGGUAAUGCUUGUGGAUGCCUACAAAAUGGAGUUGGUCGACUCUUUCAAACAGGAUGAUAAAUAUUCGGAACGACGGUUUCCUAUGGACAUCGGCAUCGCCGGGGAAGUGAUAAAAACCGGAGGAUUGAUCAAUGCGAAAUCCGCUAAAGAACAUCCAAAUUAUGAUCCUCUUAUUGACGGACUGCCGGGAAUAGAUUGCAAAACGAUCCUUUGCUUUCCCAUACGGGAACAGACCGGAAUAAUAGGCGUGGGGCAGCUCAUUAACAAGAUCGGCGAUCCAUACUUCGACGCAAUGGACGAGGAAAUGGCGCUGGCGUUUAGUGUCUAUUGCGGCAUAUGCAUCAUACAUUCCGUGGUCUAUCAGAAAAUACAAGAAGCCCACAUCAGGAACACACUGGCUAUAGAACUUGUCAUGUACCAUAUGAAGGUGGGUGACGCUGAAGUAAACCGUCUAACUCAAUGUACCGGCUUCCACAGCCACCCACACUUGACCAGUCUCCAUUUCAAUCCGAGGGCCCUUUCCCUCAGAGAACUUCCUUGUUACGUUAUGAAGAUUUUCGUUGAUCUCGGCUUCGAGAAAAAAUUCAACAUUAAAAGCCAGAAACUGGCCCGUUUCAUAUUGUACGCCAAGAAGGGGUAUCGCGAUGUGCCCUAUCACAACUGGCUUCAUGCGUUCAACGUAACUCAGUGGGCAUACGCUGCUCUCGUCAACUUCAAACUUGUACAACAAGGUUACUUGACGGAACUACAAGCCUUGAUGUACUUGGUCGCUGGUCUGGUACACGACCUGGAUCACCGUGGGACCACUAACAGCUUUCAUAUACAAGGACAGACCACAUUAGCGGCCUUGUAUUCGAGCGAAGGCAGCGUGAUGGAACGGCACCACUUGGCCCAGGCCAUGUGCAUCUUGAACACGGAAGGAUGCGACAUCCUCGAAUCGUUACCGAGAAAGGAUUACGACAGAGCGAUCCUGAUGCUCAGAGAUUACAUCCUGGCGACGGACUUGUCUAAUUACUUUAAGAACCUAAGUGAAUACAAAUCGAUAUCCCAGGAUUAUUUGAAGGGUAACCGCGCCCACGUGUCGUGUCUGCAGGCGCUACUAAUGAACGCCGCCGACCUCAGCGACCAGCUCAAAGACUGGGCCAGUGUCAAAAAGACCGCAGCGUCAGUGCUGACGGAGUUCUUCAAGCAGGGCGACGUGGAGAAGAGCCGCGGCGACCUCCCGCUGCUGAUGAUGGACCGCGAAAAAUGCUUCAUACCGCAACUAGAGAUACAGUUCAUGCAGACCACAUGCGUGCCGCUCUUUGAGACUUUAGGUAGAAUUAUACCCAAAGCCACUGUGUGUGUGAAGAUCAUUGAGAGUCAUAUCGAGAGGUGGGAGGCCGCCAAACCAAUUUUUGCUGAGGUGCCAGCCACAGCCGGCUUGUCAGUUCUAAUGAGUCAAGAACUGGACAACCUCAUUGAAAUAAAUUUAAAGGAAAUGGAGAAGUUGCGAUUAGAAGCAGAGGCUGCCAACGAGGAAACUACAUAG